AUGCCACCGACAACUUCAAUAUCAGCAAAAUCACAAUCAAAGACCGACUUAUCUCGUGCCCCGAGUGGUUCGAUACAACUGGGUGUCAACCUACUUCAAGCUUUGUUAUUCGAUAGGAAAUGGUAUUGGCUGUUCGUAUCUCUGCUCCUCAUAGGGGAAGCUCUCUUAGGAGUACUGAUAAUAUGGAAGAUACCUUAUACCAAGAUCGAUUGGCCGGCUUAUAUGCAGCAAGUAGAAAUGUUCUUAGAUGGUGAGAGGGAUUACUCAAAUAUUGAAGGAGAGACAGGACCAUUAGUUUACCCAGCAUUGCAUCUAUACAUCUACACGUUAUUUCACAGAUUCCUUCCAUCAAUAGAAUCCAUCCGACCUGCCCAGUACAUCUUCUUGGGAUUCUAUCUCACCACUUUACUCCUAGUAUCGACUGUAUACUACUUAUCAGGAUCAAACAAUGGCAAUACCAGAAACAAGCAUUAUCCUCAAAUCUUACUUAUCCCUUUAUGUCUUUCAAAAAGAUUACAUUCGAUAUUCCUCUUGAGGCUAUUCAACGACCCUAUAGCUAUGAUGAUCUUUUAUGGGAGUGUGCUGGCUAUGAUGAAAGGUGGGAAACCCGGUUGGAGGAUUGGAGGUGUUCUGUAUAGUUUGGCAUUAGGCGUAAAGAUGAACAUUCUCCUAUUCUUGCCGGGAUUGUUAGUGUUGCUGUUCCAAUAUAGAGGAGUUUGCGGGACGAUUGAAUCAGUGAUGACAAUCGUAAUCAUUCAGGUUCUAUUACCAUCCCCAUACUUCCUCUCAUCAACAUAUCUCUCCAAAGCAUAUUUCACCUCUGCAUUCGACUUCUCACGUCAAUUCUUGUAUGAGUGGACUGUAAAUUGGAGAUUUAUAGAUGAGAAGAUGUUCUUGAGCAGGGAAAGAGCGACUUUGCUCUUAGCUGGACAUUUGGGUGUGGUCAUACUGUUCGCAGCGUUCAAGUGGUCACCUAUACCUGGAGGUACCUUGACAGUGCUGAAGAAUGGUUUGAAUAGAUGGUCAAGACCUGCUAUCGGAACAGGACAAUUACCAUCUUAUCAUAUCCCUUUAACACUAUUCACAUCGAACCUUAUAGGAAUUUUAUUCGCUAGAUCAUUGCAUUAUCAAUUCCAAUCAUGGUACUUCCAUCAGUUACCAUUCUUAAUUUACUCAGGUGGAGCAUGGAAUAGUUUAUCCUUGGGGAUCGCGAUAUGGCUGAUGAUUGAAUACGCAUGGGAAAUCACACCUGCUACACCUCUCUCAUCGGGUUUGCUUGUGCUAGGGCAUGUCUUGAUACUUGGUGGACUGUUCUACAAAGGGAGCGGUGUAUCAAAUCAGGGCAAGGCAGAGAAGAAGAGUCAGUAG